AUGGCACUAUCCUACUGCCAAUGAUUUUGGGUCGGAGAUUAUACCGAUGGCUGCUAAAGACUACGACGUGCAGGCAUAUCUAUUCAAAGGAUACUGGGAGGAUAUUGGAACAAUAAAAUCAUUCUUUGAUGCAAAUUUGGCUCUCACUGAUCAGCCUCCCAAGUUUCAUUUCCAUGAUCCUAAGAAGCCAAUCUUUACAUCACCACGGUUUUUACCACCAACCAAGAUAGAAAAAUGCAGGGUAGUGGACUCUAUAAUUUCACACGGAUGCUUCUUGACACAAUGCUGUGUCGAACAUUCCAUAGUUGGGGUACGCUCAAGAUUAGAGUAUGGGGUGGAGCUUGUGGAUACCAUGAUGAUGGGUGCAGACUAUUAUCAGACAGAAGCAGAGAGAGCAUAUUUCUUGGCUGAGGGGAAAGUUCCAGUUGGUGUUGGAGAGAACACUAAGAUUAGGAACUGUAUCAUCGACAAAAAUGCAAGGAUCGGAAAGAAUGUGAUCAUCACAAAUGCAGAU